AUGGACGCCCUGGAGGAGAGUUUCCCACUGUCCUAUUCUUCUGUGUCUGAUGCAGAAUUUGAUACUGUGGUUGGACACUUGGGGGACAUCAUAAUGGAUGAUGAGUUCCAGAUAUUACGGAGAAAUUUUAUGGACAAGUAUUACCAAGAGUUUGAAGACACAGAAAAGAAUAAAUUCACUUACACAUCUAUUUUUAAUGAAUAUAUUUCCUUGGUAGAAAAGUAUAUUGAAGAACAGCUGCUGGAGCAGAUUCCGGCAUUUGACAUGGCAGCGUUCACAACAACUUUACAGCACCAUAAAGAUGAAGUGGCUGGCAAUAUAUUUGACAUGCUGCUCACAUUUACAGAUUUUCUGGCUUUUAAAGAAAUGUUCCUGGAUUAUAGAGCAGAAAAAGAAGGCCGGAACUGGACUUAUGCAGUGGGUUAGUGGUGACUUCAUUAUGCAAAUCACCUUCUGUGCCAGCUUCCCAGAACAAUCUUAGUCCCUAGACUCCACCUCCAGAGAAUGGAUUGAUUGUUCUACACCUCACUCAUUCAGUGCCUGGAACAGGCUUUGGCCACUAGCAGCAGA